ACUAGCAAAGGUGUUCAUCAACUUGAAAAAGGAAAUUGGCUUAUGGGACUAGAGAAAGAAUGGGUCGCAAAAAAGAAAGAGCUAACAGGGAAGGAGAAGGAAUACAACCCGAGAAGGGAAGACUAGGAAUGGUUAAAAGGAUGCUAUUUGGGAACUCUAAGACACUGGAGAUAGCACCAGUAAUCCAAGAAAGGCUAUACAUGGAAGGAAUGUUCUCCAUUAAAGCAAAGACAAUGGGUGGAAAGCUUGUGCUAUUAGACGGUGAAGAUAAGGAAGAACUCAAAGAAAUUGUAGAAAAUGCAAAAAGAAUGGUUAAACCAAUGGUUCUCCGAAAUCAACCCAUGGAGUCUGACUAUGAUACAAAGGAUGAAUCUUGGGUCUCAGAUUGGGCAAAGGAAAGUUACCCAAACCCAAACAAUAACAGUUGCCAACAUGAAGAACAAAGACCAUUUGAACCCAGUGAAGAAGAAGAUGAUGAUGUGGAUUGUAACAGUCGGCUAGACAAUGGUAAAAAAAAAGUUCCAUUCAAAUUGCAUGAGCACAAAGGAGAGAAGUCAACAAACUAUCCUAUGUAUGGGGACUGGAGAUCAGUAGACAAAAGAAAGGAACAUGGUGCUCAGGAAGAAUUUAAUGAAGCUAUGGGAGAUUGUGUAGAGAAGCUGAAAGUUGGUGAUGACAACACCAGUGCAAAUAGUGAUCAGCAGCCAGAGAUCUCUAGCCAUAACAACAUGGGAAAAAGUGUCAAACAAAGGGGAAAAAAUAGGAAUAAAAAGGUAGAUUUCAAAGAAAAUAGAGGUAAAAGAGAGGCCCAAGUCCCAAGUGGGUCGGUGAAUAUGGAUCAAGCCCAAGAAACAAGCAAGGGUAUUACAAGAAAAGAGAAACAAAUGGGCUUAAAUGAAGCCCAAACAGAACAGGAGUCUUCUCGAAAGUUUAGAGGUGAAGAAUUGCAAGUCGGUGAAGAAGAAAAAAUAGAAAACAGAUGCAGAGGGUUUGAUAGCUUACGUCACUCAUCGCCGGUAACCUCAGAGAGAAACAGAAAAAAUAGAAGGAACCCACAAAGGAGUGAGUCAGCCUUGCAAAUGCAAUCGAAGAAAAUCAAAGAAGAUCUAACAGAGGAGAAAGUUGAGGAGGAUGAUGAGGUGGAGUCAUUCUGGAAGGGCAUAAAUAGUGACUCCGGAAGACUGAAAGAAUGGAUGCAAGCAGGAGAAAAAAGGAAAGGGAGAAUAAGAAACAAUAGAAAGAGAAAAUUUAGAUCCUUCAUGUCUGUAUAUCAAAGCUCUUCUAUGGCAAGGAUUAAAAGCAGAUCUACGAAGAAGGAAGGUAAAGUCAAUUCGAAAAAGAACCAGAAGGAGAAGCUACCAAAAUUUAUUCUAGACCCAACGAAUCCUAUAGCAGGCGUGUCUAUCUUGGACAGUUGCAUCCUGAAUUGCAACAAGGGAGGCAACUAGAGAAACCGAAGCACAAUUGAGGAAGAGAUGUGCAAGUUUGCGAAGGUAGUGGGUAUCACAGUAAAGGGCAAUGAAGAAGAGGUAGUAAAGAGGAUCUCAGAUU